AUGCAUGCACGUGAUUGGUUUUUAGUUUUCAUUGCCAUUUUUGUUCCACCAUUAGCUGUUUGGGUUAAAAGAGGUAUAUGUUCAAAAGAUUUCUUAAUUAAUUUAAUUCUAUUCUUAUUAGGGUUCUUCCCCGGGUUAAUUCAUGCCUUAUACGUUAUUAGUUGUCAUCCUUACGAAACUGAUGGUAAUCAAGGGUUGAUUGGUUCUAGCCCUCCUCCACGUCCUCCUCAAUCUGAAGGUUAUGGUAGCAUGGUAUAA